UACUAGGAUGACGCAUGCGCGCUGGAGGCGGCGGGCGCCUCUGGGCAGCGACCGCUUCGGCCAGGGCGCUUUGCGCGCUCCCGGCCUGAGCGAUGACCGACGGGCUGGCGAAGUCGGAGUCGGGUGCCCAGCUGAUUGCACGACUUGAAGGCCGAAGUUCUCUGAAAACUCUUGAACCUUGCCUGUUUGCUGAGGAAGGAUAUCCCAUUUACGGAGAUGUUGUUGAAUUUCAUGGUCCAGAAGGAACAGGAAAAACAGAAAUGCUCUAUCACCUGAUUGCUCGUUGCAUUCUUCCAAAAUCAGUUGGUGGUUUGGAAGUUGGCGUGCUUUUUAUUGAUACGGACUUCCAUUUUGACAUGCUGCGUUUAGUGACUAUCUUGGAAUACAGACUGUUGUCUCAAGGCACCGAAGCCACCAUUAAGCUGUAUUUGGAGAGGUUUUUUCUUAUUAACUGCCAUAGCAGCUCUCAGCUACUGCUUACCCUUUACUCUCUGGAAAACAUGUUUUACUCCCACCCUUCCCUUUCCCUCUUGAUUAUAGACAGUAUGUCGGCCUUUUAUUGGAUAGAUCGGGCCAGUGGAGGAGAAAGCCUGAGUCUGCAGGAAGCCAACCUAAAAAGAUGUGUGCAGUUUCUCAAAAAGCUUGUAAAGGAGCAUCGCUUAGUUUUGUUUGCCACAACACAGUCACUUAUGCAGAAAUCACUGAGCUUUGUGGAGAGCUCAGAAAAAUCUGACCGUGAUGCAGAUCCAGACUACCGCCCUUUUCUUUGUAAAUCAUGGCAACAGCUCAUCACCCACCGGAUCUUUUUCUCCAAGCAAUCCCAUCCAGAUGGCACCAAAGCGUUUUCAGUGACUGCUUGUCACAUUCAAAACAAUCACAUUGUAAAACGUCCAUUUAGCAUUACGGAACAUGGAAUCCAGUUUUAACAGCCAGCUUUUUUAAAAUAAAGAAAGAGAGACUGCCUAGACAGUACAGUCAGGUUAAUUCAAAAGACAUAUGCUAUUUUUUUAAAUCAAAUUUUUACAUCUUUGUACUAAUGUUAUCUAAAACUAAAUUUUAGAAAGCGCAUUAAUCAGGUUUGGGCUAAAAUUCAGAUGUAUACUUCCAAAUUGGUGAAGCUUACAGAAAAAAACCCAGUUAACUUUUGGAAUCUAAUAAAAAUGGUAAUUUCUUAUUCUCAAGAAAUGGAAACAGAAGCUUAAUCUGGGCUGAGCCCUGCAUGGUUGGGCUUGAUUUUCUCUCUUACAGAAGAUUAUGUUCGUUGACCCCAAUGUAGCAUGCAGCUGAAUUUAAUAGGAAGAAUAAGUACCAUGUUUUUUCCAACCCUCCAAAUAGCUUGCUUUUAUCUGUUUUUUCCCCUGAUUACCUGGAAAGUGUUCUCACUGAUCUCAAGGGUCUUCGUUCCAUCCAGGCCUGUGGACGGUUGGGGUCAACUGGGGAGACAGCUUUGGGUUAUUCUCAUCAGCCUUUCGUUCAAAUUGCCAUUUGAAAUAUUGAAAGCCACAGGAACAAUGACAGAACAAGCAAGUUCUUAGAAGGAGCUUGACUUAUCUGAAGCCCACAGAGAAUGUUUGUAUUCAGUGUGUCAUAUGUCAAAGUUUGAGAAAACAAGGUUUGCUGAAUAAAAAAUGCUCUACAGUUCAGAGCAGUAGCAAAACCAUAUUGCAUCUGUACAGUGAAUGUUAAUUUCAUUGGCCUUUGAAUGCUUCAGUACUUUGCAAAAUACAUUUUAUUAUUGACAAGUUCAAGCAAUACACAAGGCUAAAAAGAAAAUUCUCAGAUUAUAGGUGAAAUCCAUAUAUUUUCCCACCUUCCCUAAAUUUAUGAUUGUCAUACUUCUUGAAUAAAGUCCUUUGUAUAUGC